ACGUCUUAUCUUGAUUAUUUACAUAAAAAAAAACAAAACAUGUUAUUUGUCACAUCUGACAAAAUGUUGACAUAAUUUUUGUACAAUCUAUACAAUAAUUUAUUUUUUAUGUAACAAAAUGGUUAACAAAAGUUUAUUGAACGUUAUAUUAGUCGGUUUGGGGUUUAUGCUGGUUUUUACAGCAUUUCAAACCAUGGGAAACAUACAGAAGACGAUUUUAGCAAGCGUACAACUCGACGAUCCCGACUUCGAUGGAAAGGCAUACUACAGUUUAGCAAUCAUUUAUGUGUCUUUUUCCCUAUUCAACUGGACUGCUCCUUCGAUUAUUAGUGUAAUAGGACCUAGAUUAUCUAUGGUUAUAGGAGCAGGAGCUUAUACGUUAUAUAUGCUUCAAUUCGUUGUACCGCAAGGAUGGUUAUUAUAUCUCUGCAGCGCUAUUCUUGGAAUAGGCGCAGCAUUUAUAUGGACAGGUCAAGGAAAUUAUUUAACCCUUAAUUCUACGAAAGAAAACAUAUCCAGGUAUUCUGGGAUAUUCUGGUGUUUGCUUCAAUUGAGUCUCUUCAUUGGUAAUACGUUCGUAUAUUUCACUUUCAGAGGACUAGAGGAAAUUAACAAAACAGUAAGAAUUUUCGUUAUAUUAACUCUCAGUAGUGUAGGAGUUGGGGGAUUACUGAUUUUACUAUUUCUACCAAAAGCUACUAGAGAUGACGAAACAGAAGCGACAGAUAAACCAGAAAGCCCUUGGUCAGCAUUUGUUGGUGCAGUGAAACUAUUUUGCACUUUCAAUAUGUUGUUGCUGAGUAUUACAUUCAUAUAUACAGGAUUAGAAUUAGGAUUUUGGAGUGGAGUGUACAGUUCUUGUAUUGGUUUUACUAAAGCGCUUCCCAAUCGUAAAGAGCUUGUCGGAAUGUCCGGUAUUUUUAUGGGACUUGGAGAAAUUAUUGGCGGCGGUCUUUUCGGCAUACUGGGAAAUAAAACAGUAAGAUAUGGUAGAGAACCUAUAAUUGCUGCAGGAUUCGUCAUACACGUUGCAAGUUUUAUAAUAAUUUAUUUAAACCUUCCUGAUGAAUCACCGUUUUUUGAUACAUUCGGGUGUGCUAUAAUUAGCAGCAGUCCUUUCUUAGCUAUUUUAUGUUCCUUCCUUUUGGGUCUAGGUGAUUCUUUUUAUAACACUCAAAUAUAUGCCAUGUUGGGAUCAGUUUAUGCUGAUAGCAGCGCUCCAGCUUUCGCUAUAUUCAAAUUUACCCAGUGUGUAGGAGCUUCUGCUAGUUUUAUUUAUGCCGAAUCUUUGGGAUUGUAUUGGCAACUUCGAAUUUUGUUGAUCACUGUUUUAAUUGGUACCGUAUCCAUCAUAAUUGUAGAAUUGAGAGUAAAAAAAUCGUCGGCCGAAUAAGUUUUUGUAAAUUUAUUGUAUACGUUAAUUUAUAUAUUUAUAAAAUAUAUUUUG